ACAUUUCAGAUUCAUUUUUUUUAACAAUUGGACGGGAAGACAUGGAGCUCGAGAUCUUGAACGCCAAAAACAGCAAGCCAUACGGCAAGGUGAAGGUGCCCUCCGGCGCCACGCCCAUCGGCGACCUGCGCGCCCUCAUCCACAAGAGCCUCAAGAGCACCCCGGAAGCCAACCGCCAGUCGCUGCGCCUGGAGGUGAAGGGCAAGAGUCUGAAAGACACGGACACCUUGGAGUCCCUGUCGGUGCGCACCGGCGACAAGGUGUACAUCAAGGACCUGGGCCCACAGAUUGGCUGGAAGACGGUGUUCCUGGCCGAGUACGCCGGGCCUCUCAUCGUCUACCUGCUGUUCUACUUCCGCCCGGAGUUGGUGUACGGCAAGGCGGCCACUCUGCCGAUUUCCCUAACCACCCACAUUGCCGCCGGCUGCUACACGGUCCACUAUGUGAAGCGUCUGCUGGAGACGAUCUUUGUCCAUCGUUUUUCGCAUGCCACGAUGCCGCUGCGGAAUCUGUUCAAGAACUGUACCUACUACUGGGGUUUCACCGCCUAUGUGUCCUACCAUGUUAAUCAUCCGCAGUUCACCUCGCCCUGCAUGUGCACCGUUUGGCCGGCUCUGGCUGCCUUUGCUUUCUGCGAACUUGGCAACUUUUCGGUGCACAUUGCCCUGCGCAACCUGCGUCCGCCCGGUACCAAAGUGCGCAAGAUUCCCGUCCCCGAUGCAAACCCGCUGACCAAGCUCUUCAACUUGGUGUCUUGCCCCAACUACACCUAUGAGAUUGGAGCUUGGGUCUCCUUUUCGGUGAUGACCUCUUGCCUCGCCGCCUACUUGUUCGCCUUCGCCGGCGCCUUCCAGAUGACCGUUUGGGCCUUGGCCAAGCACCGUAACUAUAAGAAGGAGUUCAAGGACUACCCUCGCGAGCGCUGCUCCAUCUUCCCCUUCGUGCUGUAGGCGACGGACUUCCGUCUUACAUAUUCCAAACAAUUACACAUUUACAUCUUGGUAGAAUUUACGGGGUAGUUUGUAAUGAACUUUGAGUUAAAGCAAAUACAUUUGGAGAAGCGUG